AUGGAUUAUGCAAACUUCCCCAACUUGACCAGUGUUUAUUCACCCAACCGUGAGGCGUGCCUUGUAUUGAACAAAACCAAAAUUUUGAUAAACCUCUAUGAAGGCAUCCCGGAAACCUUGCUGCUGAACGUGAUUGCGUGGUUUUUCCUAAUACUGCUGUUCACACUACUCCGCCAGCAGGCCUGGGACUAUGGGCGGCUGGCGCUAGUGAACAGCCAUGGAGAGAACAAACGCUGGACGCAACUCUUCUAUGCCCACGGCAACGUGCCCGGUGGUGGUGGAGCGAUGAAUGGUUCCACCGAAACGUCAGAUACGCUCAACAGUCUCAGCAUUGAUCGUGGUUGCUUUUCAUGGAUUGUGGCCACCUUUCGGCUGACGAAAGAACAAAUACUUACGCACAGCGGCCCGGAUGCUGUACACUAUCUAUCUUUUCAGCGACAUCUCAUCGUGGUGAUGGGCAUUAUGACGGUGAUCUCGAUAGCCAUCAUACUACCGAUCAACUUUUCUGGCACACUGAGUGGUGAUAAGAACUCGUUUGGACACACAACGAUUUCAAAUCUCGAACCAGAUUCGCCGUCGAUGUGGGCACAUGUCGUGUUUGCGAUCGCCUACGUCCCGAUGGUGGUGUUGAUAAUGAGGCGUGCUUCGGGCCGCAACGCUUUCAAAACGGCACCGACGCGUACAAUCAUGGCGACUAAUAUUUCCCAAGGCGACUGCAGCAAAACCAUCAUAAGAACCUACCUACAGCAACUGUUUCCGGACGUGACGAUCGAAGACAUUCAACUUGCAUACAAUAUUUCAAGCCUAAUCAAAGCGGCAGAGGAGUACGAGCGAACGGUCGAAGCUCGGAUCUACUGUGAGGCGCACCGCAACCGUGACGCGAUCCAGGCUCAACCAUCUUGCUUCAGCUGCGAGAAGGUUGACGCGUUGGAGUACUAUAAAGACCACGAGGUACAGUUGGCCGGGGAGGUAGCACGGAUGCGUGCGUCGGCGCUCAACGAGCCACUCGGAAUUGCAUUCGUCACGCUGAAUUCGGCCCACGAGGCACAACACGUAAUGCUACACUUUAAACCUGGAACGUAUCGAGAGUGGAAUCUGUCCUUCGCACCUGCACCAUCGGAUAUAUUUUGGGAAAAUCUUAACAUCGAUACCGCCCAGUGGUACUGCAAGUGGGCGACGGUUAAUUUUGCGUUGUUUUUGUUCCUCUUUUUCCUUACAACGCCCGUCAUUAUCGUGAAUCAGCUGGAUACGCUGUCGCUGACGAAAAAUACCACAACACAGAUUAGCAAGAUCAGCCCGCUGGUGUCGGAAUUUCUACCGACGCUACUGCUAUGGUCCUUGUCCGCAUUGAUGCCGGUCAUCGUUGCAUACUCGGACACGUGGUUGUCGCACUGGACUCGUUCGCGCCAAAAUUAUCUCAUCAUGACGAAAACAUUCGGCUACCUGUUGUUCAUGAUAUUGAUUUUACCGUCCCUCGGAUUGACAAGUGCCCAGGCACUGCUGCAAUGGACGAUUGAAUCAAACGACACGUACCGUUGGGAAUGCAUCUUCCUCCCGGACAAAGGUGCGUUCUUUGUGAACUAUAUCAUCACCGCUGCGUUCAUUGGUACCGCCCUCGAGCUGAUACGUUUUCCGGAUCUCAUUUGCUAUCUUUGGAAGCUGGCAACGGCCAAGUCUAGAGCUGAAACACCUUACAUCAGGAAAUCUAUCCUUAUUACGUUCCCGUUCGGUAUUCACUAUGCUUGGAUGGUGAUGGUGUUUACGACUAGCACAGUCUAUAGCCUUGCUUGCCCGCUGAUCAUGCCUUUUGCUAUGGUGUACAUCACAUUGAAACACUUUGUCGACAAGCAUAAUCUAUUUUUCGCGUUCGCACCAUCCAAUAUGAUCAGUCAAGGUAGUGGGGGUAAAAUUCACAGCACCGCCGUUACUAUGACAAAAUUUUCGGUGGUUCUGCUUUUGAUCAUCAUGGCAGCAUUGGCCGUGGUGCGCACUGGACAGGUUGAGCUUCGUGCUGUCGUACUGAUCCUUGCUCUGUGCGCCACUCUCGUAAUGUUCGCAUGCAUGUCACCGAUUAAACGGUGUACCACAAAGCCACUACGCAUCGUGGAACUGGAUGGACCGGCCCCGAUCUACGUGGCAGAUGUUUUAAUCAACAGAAGAAUGGUAUCAGAUAGCCCGUCCCAUCUCAGCUACGGUUCUGACACGACCAUGAACAUUGUGAUGAAUGAUGCCGAUGUCAGUGUGACUGCAUAGAGCACAUCCUCCUUUUCCUUCCAUACCUUUCCCCUGUACACCCGUUUUAUGCUCUCCUCUCCCGUGGUCGUAGGCAUGAUCGAAAGUGAUAUUAAAUGUUAAGCCAACUAGAUUGCUUACAAUGCAGUAUUCCGUGUCUCAUGUAUGUGCAGAACCGGAACCUAAUCAGCUCAGAUUUUCUGUUAGCUAUCUUCACCGUGGUUGUAAAUUGGUUUGUAUGGGCACACCGCUUUACCACUAGACUUUUUGUGCAAGUCUAGAAUGACACAAGCUCUAAACAAUAGUUGUGAUCGAUCAAACCAUUUGGAGUACAGAUUUUCUUUGUUUAGUUUGUGGUGAAUGUUUUGGUCAGCUUUUAUGUAUGCUUUAUGAUUAUCAUUUUUGUAUCUUUUGGAUUGAAACCAAUUGCACAUUUAGUUUUAUGUUAAUAAUGACUCAGUAUACCAGUAAAAUUAUUAGCAAAAUUGUGUUGUACACAUUCCCAAGAACGUGUUAUUCUUUCUAUGCUAUUCGUGUUAUAAUUUGUUAACAAAUUAAUUUUUGAUUUAUUAGCCUGCAGAACCAAUCGAUGGAGAGAAAAAAAACUCCACUCGGCGAGCAAAUGUGAUCUUGUGCAAAUAAACAUUUCCUGUCCACAGUAAUAAAAGCGUACAGUGAAGGAAAUGUUGACUCCAGACUUGUAUGUUAUUUGUAAGAGAUUUAUAUAACUUAAGGAACAAUAAAACUUGUACUAAUCCAAA